CAACUGCACGGGAGAAUUACAAAGUGCCAUCUUUCAUUUGGGGAUUGCGUGAGCAGAUGCUACUGAGUGGAGUGUGUUCCAGUUGCUGUCUCUAUCACCGUCGUAGAAUGUUGCGUAGAAGCUCCUAAUCACUACGAUAAUUAUGUUUAUCAUUCCAAUUACUUAAAGUAAAAGUAGCAGAGAAAAAGGAAAUUAGUCUUCAAAUACUCCAAGAACAGGAAGAAGAAUAGAAGAUGACCCUCGGAUUCUCUUCUUUGCCUUUGGAUAAUUGUGUUCAAGAUUAGUUUUCAUCGGAAACUAGCGUGAUUAGAGGAAUUGAUCGGUGGUGGUUGGCGCGAUAAGAAGCAGGCGGCGGUGGGCUUUUGUGAUUUUUUGGUUUUUUGGGUGCUAAGAAAUGAGGGGCGGCGGUGAUGCGGUGGGAGACGGUGGCGCCGCUGCGGUGACUGAGAAGCCGUGUUUGGAGGCCGGAAACAAUGGCUAUGCUAAUGAAAGCACCGAUCAAUCUUUGCUUGCCAUAGUGAUUUCUGCCGGCGAUUCGGCUGAUUGUGAGGAGGGAGAGAAAGGGUGUGUUGAGUCGUCUCCCCAGAAGAGUCACUUAUCUAGGAAUUCAAGUUCUCAUGAACAAUGCAGGGUAUGCCAGCAGGAGAAGGAAGAGGAUUUGAUCGAACUUGGAUGCCAUUGUCGUGGUGGGCUUGCAAAAGCACAUCGAACAUGCAUAGACACAUGGUUUAAUACAAGAGGUUCAAAUAAAUGCGAGAUAUGCCGGCAAGUUGCAGCUAAUGUGGCAAUCCCCGAGCCCAAUGCCCCUGCGAGUUACUGGGUAUGGAGGGUUGACCCGUCUUUUGGAGGAACAACUAUCGAACCAGAACGGAAUAGGGGGUGUUUCAGUCCACUUUGGGUUGCAUUCUCGAUCCUUAUUGGUGGUCUCUUAUUGGAUCUACUGAUAUCCCUUACUCUCGGUGUCUCUGCACUACCCGUGAACAUUAUAAUAGGUGUAAUAGUCGUGCUUGGCCUUGGAACGGCUUUUCGGCUGGCACUUGAGUUUUGCCAUGAUUGGAGUGUUAGAAGAGUCGUGCAUAGGGUGGAAGCGAAUGUGAGCCUCGGUUUUCAUCCCGCCUUAUAGGUGGGAUUGAACGUAGAAGACCGACUAAGAAAAUCUUAAACGGCCAUUACUUCAUGGGUAAACGCAACUUGUUACCAAUAUGCUCGGUUAUUGGCAUGAGAUGUAUUCAGGAUGUCACAGCUUCUGGAACUCAUCAAGAACCGUGAAAUCCUCGGGGGCUCGGGGCACGAUGACAGAAGAAAUGGCGAUCCGGCUUGGAACUGGUAUGGUUUACGACUCGUUGUACCAUAAGGUAGAACCGUUUUGUUGGUUUUCGACACAUUAGUAUUAAACCGAGAUGCACUUUUGAUAGAAAAUUGUGAAAUAUCCCUUGUUUUUCCUACUUCUGUUUCCCCUAGGGUGACUUUUGCUUGCUGCAAUCUUAUAUGGGCUUUGGAUUGGUUCUAUUGUAGAAAUCCAAUUGACUAUUAUUAUUUGACUGGAACAUCCUUAAACUGUACUUCUGUUGUUUGUC